GGGUGUGUAUCUGUGACUUGUAGAAUCCACACCCCAAAUCAUUCAGGCUGUUCUGGAUAGGUGUUUCCUAAUAAAUCGACCAGGGUGUGAAUCUGUGACUUGUAGAAUCCACACCCCAAAUAAUUCAGGCUGUUCUGGAUAGGUGUUUCCUAAAAAUCGACCAGGGUGUGUAUCUGUGACUUGUAGAAUCCACACCCCAAAUCAUUCAGGCUGUUCUGGAUAGGUGUUUCCUAAUAAAUCGACCAGGGUGUGAAUCUGUGACUUGUAGAAUCCACACCCCAAAUAAUUCAGGCUGUUCUGGAUAGGUGUUUCCUAAUAAAUCGACCAGGGUGUGUAUCUGUGACGAGAAUGAGGUUGUUGUUGUUGUGUGGCCUCCUCACCGCCAGGUGGAGCUGCUGCGCUCCGAUGGCGAAGCGUCGCGGCGGGGUGGGCGUGGCUACCUGGAACGGUUUCCUGUACGCUAUUGGAGGACAUGACGCUCCCGCCUCCAGCCUGGCAUCACGACUCAGCGACUGUGUGGAGAGGUACGACCCCCAGACUGAUGCGUGGACGGCGGUAGCCCCCAUGAGCGUCAGUCGUGACGCUGUCGGUGUGUGUCUCCUUGGAGACCGUCUCUAUGCGGUCGGUGGUUACGAUGGAACGGUUUACCUGAACACUGUCGAGGCCUACGAUCCCCAGACCAACGAGUGGACACAGGUGGCUCCACUGUGUCUGGGCCGGGCUGGGGCCUGUGUGGUGGCUGUCAAACUGUGAACACACACACACCUGAACACUCACGCACCUGAACACUCACGCACCUGAACACUCACGCACCUGAACACUCACGCACCUGAACACUCACGCACCUGAACACUCACGCACCUGAACACU